AAUCAUAUAGUCUUUGAUAUUAACGUUUGUGUCUAAAGACAUUAAUACAAUACAAUUAUAUUAGUCAUACAAAAUUACUAACAAAUUAAUUAAUUAAUUGUCAAAUUUAUAUAUUAAAUUUAACCGUUUAAUUGCUACAUAAUCUCACUAAUCGGCACAUAAUGUUGUAUCCAAUUGUAACGAUCAUCUGUAUUGUACUUAAAGGACAGUUAACUUUACAACAAAACUCAAAGGAAUUUGUGAACAAUAAUCUAAACAAACCAAAUGUUUUUGAUAUUAAGAGUGGUAACCCGUUUGAAAUGAGAGCCUAUGUGGACACCAGUUCGGUGACGGGCGCCGACGUCUUAAAGAAAUUGAUUGAGUCUUCAGCACUCAAUAGAGUAAGUGGUCUUCAGGUCUUGAGAUCACUUGAUCCGUUAAGUGGAGGGAUUUUGUCCAAAACUCUCAAUAUAAAUGAUGAUGAGAAUAUGAAGCAAUCGCUGAAUAUGAUUUCAGGGACACAACUGUUGAGACUAUUAGAUAGUGUUAGCGGCGGACGUGUUUUCGUGUCAUUUGAGAGCAUUGCCGGCGACGCUGUUAUUAACGCUUUACAACAAAAUAGUCAACAUUUUAGUCCGAAAUAUAUCAGAUAUUUAGUGGAUCGACCAAAAAGGACAAGUCUUGACACUAUGAGUGGUGUGUCUAUAGGAUCAGCUAAAAAAAGAAGUUUGGAUGCAAUGAACGGCAUAUCAUUAGGAGAGCCAUCGAAACGAAACUUUGAUGAAAUCGAUAACUCGGGAUUCAAAGGUUUCAACAAAAGAAAUUUCGAUGAAAUCGACAAAACAGGUUUCGGAGGAUUUGUUAAACGAAACUUCGAUGAAAUCGAUAGAUCCGGUUUUGAGAGCUUCGCUAAACGCAACUUUGAUGAGAUCGAUAGGUCGGCAUUCAAUGGUUUCAAUAAACGAAACUUCGAUGAAAUCGAUAGAACGGGUUUCAAAGGAUUCAAUAAAAGAAAUUUUGAUGAAAUCGACAGAACAGGAUUCGGUGGGUUUGUUAAGAAAGCAGACAAAACUGUGGCCAAAGUAGGCGUCGCUAAGUCUUAAAGUCGAAAAAAUGUGUUAUUGUUAUAUAAUUCCCAAUUAUAUUAAAAUUUAUGAGAAGUAAACCACAUUUCGUAAAUUUUUAUUAAAAAACUUAAAAAUCAUUAAAAUUUUAUGUUAUAUUAUUAUUAUUAUUAUUAUUAUUAUUAUUAUU